CGAGGGGCCUUGGUAUGUCACAUGAUUAAACCUCGUAAUUGGUUUUCCUCUAUCCCGGGAUAAAUAUUGUGAAGACCUAUCAUAGCCGUAAUAUAUCCCGGAAUCUAUUUGAAAACCGCUUCAUAUAAGAUACGUUGCGCAUCAGCGAUUCUAAAUUAUUUAUUUGUGCUGAUCAGUGACCCUUGACCGCGUUCUAUGUUUGUUAGCAACCUGCAUUCCUGAACGUUUUCUCGUUGACGCGUUCUUGUUUUUCUCAGAAGAGCGUCCACAAAUUGUGAAGUUUCUAUGUGUAAUUUUGGAAAUUAACAACAAAAAUGAAUGAUCAAGUGAAGAAAAUUGUUGAAAUAUUGAAUAAGAAGCCUUUUGAGAAGGAACUUAGUGCGAUUGCAUUUCAUUCGCUUGGAUCUGAGCAGCUCAUUCAGUUGAUGAAUGAUAUUUUAGCCCAUAUUGACAGCAGACAUGCAGGGGAUAUACGCGAAGAAGCUCCGGACGCUAGAGCAGGUCGAAUUUUGAAUGCUUUGAAAAAUCUGAAAUAUUCACCGCCUCCAAAUGCCGAUGUUUCAAGUUUUCGACAAGGAAUUGUAUUGGGAGAAAAAGAAGUUUAUUGCCCAAUUCUAUUUUAUCUCCUGACGAAUCUGGAUUCACUGAAAACUCGUGCAUACUUAGCAAAGUUUUUGGUGAAGUUACAGCUUCCUCCUGAAUUUGUUCAAGAUUUUUCGGACGCACAAAUGCAAGAGGCUUGGCAUCGGUACGAAGAACUUCAAGAUCAUUUUCUGAACUGCCACAAGGAGUAUGUCGAUCUAAAAAAACAAAGUCAUGGUACCGGUGAAAUCCGCAGCGAUAUUACCACCAUGGAAGAAGAAAAAGAAAACCUUUCAAAACGUGUAACUCGACUUCGUAAAAAAGUUGAAACAUUUCCAAAUCUUAGCGAAGCAUUAUCCACUGCACAAAACAUGCGUAAAGAAAAAGAACGAGCAGAUGAUUUGAAGUUAAAAAUACAACAACAACGACGUCAGUUACAACUCAGCGAACAACGAUUACAGAACGCUAGACAGAGUCUCCAAGACGCACGACAGGCUGGCUCGAACGCAAACCCCGAAUCGAUAAUUGGGAGAAUGGAAGAAGACAACCGUGUCAAUAAAUAUUUAAUCGAUGAAAAGUUACCGAAAGAAAUGAAAAGUCGGAAAAAGUUUUUACAGAGUUUACAACAAGUUGCAUUGGAGCCUGCAAUCACGCAAAACGAUCUGGACAGGAUUGAAUCAGAUAUUCAAGACAUGAAAAAUAAUAUCAACAGUCUUGUCGAACAACGAAUGGUCAAAAAUUACCCAGCGAAAGAUAAUUUGACAAUGUAUCGCCAACAAGCUUCGAUCCUACAACAUAAGAAAGAGACUGUGUCGGAAUCAUUGCAAGAAACGCAAGAAGAGUUUCAAAAACUGGAAAGUGAUGUUAAAAAAAAGAGACAACAGCUUACUGAAAUGGGGGGAGAAGUUCUCCGUGGAGAAGCGUUUAAAAAUUAUGUUUCAAAGUUACGUGGAAAAAGUAACAAUUACAAAAAGUCCAGACAAGAGUUAUCAGACCUUAGAGCAGAGCAUGGUGUUCUCUCUCGCACUGAACAGCUUCUAAAACAAAAACACGAAGAUGCGCAAAAAACUCUCCGCACUCGAGAACUUAAAAGUGGAGUUUCUGGUUUCCGUGACACCCAAGAUGACUUGGAAAAAGUAUCGUCGAUGAAAAGUGAACUUGAUGACGCGAAACAUCGUACUUUAGAUGACAUGUCGGAUGCCGUAAAACGUCUUAAUUCAAUCAUCCAAGACAAGAAAUCUGACCUUGCUCCGCAGAUCCGUGAACUACGACCUUUACGUCAAAAGAACCAGGAAUUGAUGCAGGAAUGGACUGAGAAGAAGGGGCAUUACGAUGGAGUUCUUGCCGGGCUUGAGUCAAACCGUGCUCAAUUGGAACAGACAGUUACAGGAUUACGAGAAUUCUGCUCAGAAACGGAGAGCCGAUAUUUUUAUUUGAAAAGCAUGAAUAAAAUUAUCGAAGUCCAAUUAGAACGAGCGAAUAAGGAAUUACGGACGUACAUGUCCGCGACUGGAGCAGAUAAACAGAAAUCCUAUCGAGAGAUUUACAAUAAAAAGAUACAAGAGCAAGAAAAUAGAGCAAAAGCCCUUCGUGAAUCUCAGAAGCAAGUUCGCGAAAAUCACGACCAGAAUCAAAAACAAAUGUUAAUGUGGUCGGAUCUAGAUAAAAUAAUGCAAUGUAAAUUGGACUGUGCUAAAAAGAUGAUGAACUAGGAUUAUUCAUCAAAAUGACUGUAUUUGAGAAGACAUUGGGCCCAGGGGACGGUACAUUACUCCUCUAUAAGCUUCAAAUUUUUGUAUUAUGGUAUCGUAUUUUGAUGUUGAAUUCAACAAAUACUUUAAGACAAUGAAAAUAGUAAAAAGCAACAUAGCCUGGGCAAUAUGAAAAAUCUCCAGAAUUGCUGAUGUCCUUUGACUCUUGGGUUAAAGACUUAUUAUUGAUUAUUGAAUCCCUAAUUAAAGGAAUGAAAGGAACUAUUAUUUUUACAAGAACUAGAAUUCUUUUUUGGUUCAGCAUCAAUUCAUUACACUCUGGGUAUGAUGGGAUUUAUUAGAUACCGUAUACAAAUUAUUGUAGUACUUUGUGCAUGUCAAGUUAUGUUUUAAAAUUCGCCUUUUUGUAUCAUUUUAUUUCAAAGCCUUUAAUCUUGUGUUGCUUAUCUGACUGUUGUAAAAUGUCAUCGGCCCAGUUCAAGAUUUAUCCCAAAAUCUUCUAAUGAGCCAACAUUUAUAAAUUGUAGACACUUCUCUGAUAUCUGGUUCAGAAAGUGUAUAAUAUUGGUAACAAAAAUGAAUUCAUAAUUUUAUUAUUUUCACUCUUAUUGCAAUGUUAUUUAAAGUUGUUCUGAUCUCCAUGCAUAAGGCUAGCAAAAGAUUCGUCUUAAUUUACCAAGAAUCUAAUUAGAUGCUUAUUUGGUUUCCGGUUUUGGAAAUGUGUAAUACCGAGUGCAAGGUUUGAAUGUGAAUUUUUCGGUUUUUACUCUGAAUGCAAUGUUGUUUCAAAUUGGGGGCUAACCCUAACAAGUUUAGAUUUUAUUAUCUAAAUAGUUGGGAACCCUUCCUAGCAAAAUUGUACAUAUUCAAACACGCCUAUAAAGAAGUAUUUUACAAAAUAUAGUAUUUGGUCAGACUUUUAAUCCAUUCUGGCUUUUUAACAACCAGAAACCAUUGAAGGAUCCCUGGGCAGAACGACCUUGUCUUAAUAAGCAAGUGUCAGUGCUACUAUUUUCCACUUCACUGCUUUUUAUUGUGCAUAUUAGGAACAGUACUAAGUAGACAAUGAUUUGAUGUUCAUGUUUGUUAAUAAAAAUGUUAUUUUUGUUAGA